AUGGGAAAGGGACCAAGUGCAAGAGAGGGAUUGUCCGUGAUUAACUCAUAUCUCCGGCGGUCAUGGAAGUAUAUGAAUCAAGAAGUUCAAUCAGGCCUCAAAUUCGAUUUACAAUGGGCCAAGGAGAUGCAAAUGUUCCAAUUUGGAACUGUAGAUGACUUGCAAGAGUGGAUUGUCGGCUCUGAUGCUGACAUUGGAGGAUUAUCGGAAGCUUAUUGGGGUCUGACACCACAAAACACUGGUCUGUUUUGGGGUAAACUAUCAACAGAGAUACCGCCAAAAUCAAAGCUAGUGCGGAGUGGGUAUGCUGGAAUCCGAUCUCGAGAACGCCCUAUAACACUGUUUCAUCGCCCGACAUUCGAUACCAGUCUAUUUCGAUACUUGUCGAUACGAGCAAGAGGAGACUCACGAUUAUGGUUUGUGAAUUUACAAACCGAAACACCAUUUCAUGGAUAUCUAUGGCAGCAUCGAUUACAGUUUCAUACGCCUGGAGAAUGGGAGACUUUAAUGAUUCCAUUACGUGAUUUCGUACUAACAGCAAACGGUAUCAUCCAACCAAAUCAAAUAACCAUGAAUCGUGAGAAGAUCAAGAAUGUAGGCUUCUCGAUAGUGCGACAAUCAGGAGAUUUUGCACUAGAACUAGACUGGAUUAAAGUGUGUAAUACACCCCGGACAUUUGGUGACUUGGAUUUAAUGAGGCCUGGUGAGACUAUUGAUGAUGAUGGUAAUAUUAUAGCAGAGGAUAAGAAGAGGAGUAGUAGCAUCAGUAAAUCGAGCAAGUCGCAGCAUGAAUGGGCUGCUGAAAAGGAAAAGGUGGAGGAGUGGAAGAGUGAAGGCAGAGAGUCGGCGAUGCCUGUUAGUGAGAGUGUGGCUGAACCAGUGUCAAAGGAUACUGAUGAAAGCAGCAUUAGUAGUAAUGAUUCCUCAUCGUCACGUAAAUCGUAG